UCGCACUAUAAACUAAGAGAAACCGUCCCCGAAGGCCAGGACUCCAAGAGCAAAAAUUCCCCCAGCUCUGCUCCUCCUCCUGCCUAAACCCUCCUCCCUCCUCGCGCGAAUUCGCCGUCCGCUCUCCCGAUUCGGAGGGUCAGCGCGGAUUGCUGCACCUCGAAGCUGAGUUGUGCUCGGGCCGGUGAGCUUUCAGACGGUUUCGGAGCCUGAAGCGCCGGAUUUCGGCCGUUGCCGGAGUGGUCUCCGGCGCGCCUGUGGUUAUCGGUGCGGCGGGGCUGGAUCCGGCUGGGUUCCGGCGACAGGAUCGGGUUCUUCGAGCAGGGCAUUACUCCGGACUCUUGAGAUGUCCGUAGCUGCGUUAGUGGUGACCUUAAGAAAGCCGAUUGAAUUCGAAGACCUGAAGAAUUGAUAGCUAGUUCAGAUCAGUUUCGACAUUAAAAGGAAGAUUCAGCUAUUUCGUAGCAAUUUCAGAGUACUUCAGUCAGUUGAAGAAGCAAGCAGGACGACUUUUGAAUUGGGCAAUGCAUACCAAGGCUCGAAUCCAUGCUGACCCGGUCCUGGAGUUUGACCGAUUCGACUGCUUGCCUGAUUCACUUGUGCUGCUGAUCCUGAACAAGCUGGAGGACGUGCGUUCACUUGGCCGCUGCUCUGCCGUGUCCAGGAGGUUCAGUUGCCUAGUUCCCCUUGUGCAUGAUGUGUGUGUCAAGAUUGACCGCGUUGUGACUGUGGAUGGUGAUUCAGAUGAUGCUCUGAACCUUUCAUCGCCCAAGCCCCAGAACAUCCUCUCACAUUUAUUCAAGCUGAUGCUGUUCGCAAUCACCAAGCCCUUCCAUGAUAUACGCAAUCCGAACGGCGUAGGGAGGCCACUGUUCCCCCAGCUCUCCCAGCAUUCACCUGCUCAAGUGCUGAAGAACUUCUCCGAUGUUCGCAAUCUUCGGGUGGAGCUGCCCUCAGGGGAUGUCGGUAUCGAGGAGGGGGUUCUACUGAAUUGGCGGGCAGAGUAUGGCAGUACACUUCAGAAUUGUGUGAUCUUGGGUGGUACCUUGCUCAAUCACAAGGCUGUUGGCAAUGAGCACGAGCCAUCUUCGGAUGACAAUGGAAGCAUGCCUGAAUCUUUCUAUACGAAUGGUGGGCUGAAACUUCGUAUUGUGUGGACCAUCAGCUGUUUGAUUGCCGCUUCGACAAGGCAUUAUCUUCUCCGAUCGAUCAUCAAUCACCAUCCAACACUGAGAAGCCUAGUUUUGGCAGACGCUGAUGGACAGGGCGCAUUGUGCAUGGGGGCAGAGCAGCUGAAGGAUUUCAGGGAGCACCAGCUCUCAGCCUCGGCAUGUUCCAACAGAACGCAGGUGCCCGCGUGCAACAUGAAGCUGAACUAUGCUCCGUACCUUGAGCUACCUGGUGGCUUGGCACUGCAAGGCGCGACCUUGCUCGUCAUCAAGCCCGCAGGAGAUGGAAGCAGUGGUGGCCAUGGCAGCCGGAAGGAAGCUGAAGCCUUUGUUUCAGGCGCGUUCGAUGGACCUUUGAGGUUUGCUGCGAAGGCACUGAUGAAGAGGCGCACUUAUCUUCUGGAUAUGAAUGGGUUCUAGAGUUCUGGAGGGCUUCAGAGAUGCUAUCUUGCGUUCCAGUGCUUCUUAGCUGAUGUAGUAUCAUCUUAGCUGUGUCUGAUCUUUGUACAGUAGUAUCAUCUUAGCGUAUGAAUAUUGUACAUCGCCUAAGCCUCCAUAGAGAAUUGAGAUGUUCGGUUGCGCACGGUGGCAGCACACCGUCUGUGCCUAUUGAAAACACGUGAUUAGCAUGAAGUGUGUGUUUUUGUUCCCA